AUGUCGCCCGUUGAGCCGAAUUACUUUGCGUGUACGCUCGGAGAGGCUGCGAGGCUGAAACGUCAGAAUGAUGGUUCGACAACGUGGAAGACCGUGGUGGAAUUGAUUGACCAUCAGGCUGAGAAGAAUUCACGGCUGCCAGCUCUUGGCUUUGCGACGUUCCAGCAUGAGGGUGCUGAUGAAGCAUCGCGUAAACUCCUCACAUUUCAAGACCUCUCAGAAUCAUCAAAACAUGCCGCCCACGUGUUAUCAAAGCAUCUUCCUCCGCCACGAGACGAUUCACCUACCAUGGGGCUGUUAUCUUCAAGUAGCACUGACUUCGUCUUGACAUGGCUUGGUUUGAUGCGUCUAGGAUAUACGGUCUUGCUUCUCGCACCUCAAUUAGCACCGCCAGCGAUUUCGCAUCUCUGCAAAACUUUACACGUCCGAGAGAUUCUUGUCGAUGCGACAUAUGAGUACCGUGCUCGCGGCUUGCAGGGAAACAUCAACGUCAUCAAACUUCCCAGAUACCCUGAAGACGAUUCACCAGUUGAAGAUAUUCAGCAUGGCCGCAAGAUCUCAGAUACGGCGUACAUCUGUCACACGUCGGGGACAUCAUCAGGUCUCCCAAAGCCCAUCCCCCAAACCCAGCUUGGUGUCAUGGGCGUGCUCUACAGCUUUCCAGGAGAAAACAAACCCGCUACUUUUUCCACAACACCGCUUUACCACGGAGGAUUUCCAGAUUGCCUCAGAGCAUGGACGAGUGGUGCUGCGAUAUGGUUCUUCCCCGAAGGGCUCGCACCCAUCACUGGUGCCAAUAUCAUGAAAGCGCUUCAGUUCGCGCAAUCACACAGUCCAAGCCCAGUCAAGUACUUUUCUUCAGUCCCGUAUGUUCUGCAGAUGCUGUCCGAGGAGUUGGGAGGUCUCGAGAUUCUCCAGUCAAUGGACCUUGUCGGCGUCGGCGGUGCUGCCCUCCCUCCAGCCAUAGGCGACAAACUCGUCGAUGCAGGCGUGAAUCUUCUAUCAAGGAUGGGAAGUGCCGAAUGUGGAUUCCUCAUGUCUUCGCAUCGUGAUUACGACAAUGACAAGGAUUGGCAGUUCCUUCGAGCAAUCGACGAUCCCAAGCUACUUUCUUUCGAAGCUCGCGAUAAUGGCCUUUCAGAACUCGUAGCUCAGCCCGAUUGGCCCUUUUUGAUAAAGACGAAUCGCGAAAAUGGCUCGUAUGCUACGUCUGACCUUUUUGAGCCGCACGCAAAGAUCGCAAACGCCUGGCGCUACCACAGCAGGGCCGAUGCCCAGAUUACUCUUGCAAACGGAAAGAAAUUCGACCCCUCGCCUAUCGAGGGCAGCAUAUUGGCCUCAUCAAAACUCCUGCAGGAUGUGCUGAUAUUCGGAAGCGGUAGAGACUAUGCUGGUGCUCUGCUGUUUCCAAGUUCGAAGGAUACCAGCGCCGAGGAUGUUGUCAAAGACAUUUGGACACACAUUGACCACAUGAACACCAACAGUCAGAGCCAUGCUCGAAUUACCAAGGCAAUGUUGGUUGUGGUUCCUGUGAAAGAUGGCGAGAAGGCUCUGGAGAAGAGCAGCAAGGGAACUAUCCUCCGUCGUCAAGCUGAAGAGAGAUACGCGGAUGGAAUUGAAGGUGUCUACACCAACAAAUCGUCUUCCGCAAAGGAUGUUACCAAUGACAAGCUCAACGAAGCAGUACAGGCUUGCUUUCACCAAGUCCUCGGGCGAGAGGUUGAGCCAAACCAGGACUUGUAUCGCCAAGGCGUAGAUUCGAUAGCCUGCAUCCAGAUUCGCAAAAUGGUCGAGCAGACGUGUCUAUCCUCCCGCAGCCCACUCCCUCUCAACGUCAUCUACGAUCAGGGAACUGUGAACGCGUUAGUAGAGUAUCUGAGAAGAUUGAGGAAGGGUGAUACUCACCUAGACAGCGAGGUUCAAGACGCUGAGCUCAAGAGCAUGCGUCAGCUUGCUGAAAAAUACAGCGACUUUUCAGACGUGAAGUCGGCGCCGCGUCGGAAGAACGGAAAUACUGUCGUUCUCACAGGUGCUACUGGGUUCCUUGGGGCGCAUAUUCUUGAUCUCCUUCGAGAGGAUCCCAAGGUGGAGAAUAUUUACUGCCUGCUUAGAGCUGAUGUUCCCUCUGUUGCUCAGAAACGAGUCUCUGAGGCUCUCACUCAACGUGGCAUGCGAGCUCUUGAUAGAUCCGACAAGGUCAGCUGUCUCUCAUGCAACUUAACAGACAGCGAUCUCGGUCUCACUAAAGAAGACCAUCAACGAAUUCUGGACAGUGCUACCACAAUAAUCCACUCAGCUUGGGCAGUCAACUUCAGCCUCCGUCUCAACUCCUUCGAGGAUCAAAUCACCAGUACUCGCAAUCUAGCAGCCCUCUCAGCGAAAGCAGGCGCACGAUUCAUCUUCGUAAGUUCAAUCGCAGCAGUCAGCGACUCAAAAGCUAGGCCCAUCCCGGAAAAGCUUUCUGAGGAUCCUAGUGAAGCUUCACCACUUGGAUAUUCACGUUCAAAGUGGCUAGCUGAGCAGAUCUGCGAGGCAGUAAAUCAACAGUUAUCGGGUUCAGAGGACAAUCCGCUCACUUCGAUCGUACGUGUUGGCCAACUUUGCAGUAACGAUUCAGGCGUCUGGAACGCUACCGAGGCAUAUCCACUUCUCCUCUCAACGGCCAAAAUCACUGAUUGCUUGCCCGAUCUUGAGCACGAGGUGCUUGACUGGCUACCCGUAGAACAAGCAGCGCAAGCAGUUGUCGAAAUUGCGCGCUCAACACCAGGAAAGCUUGAUGAAUCAGCCAAAACACCAGUCUAUCAUGUUUUGAAUCCCCACAACUCACCAAGCUGGACAGAAAUGCUACACUGGAUAUCAGCCUACAUCCAAGGCCCCGAGUUUGAGAUUGUCUCCCCUCAAGAAUGGAUCAAGCGUCUGGAGGAGGCGUUGGGAGGAAAGAGUGCGAAUCAUCCAUCCCAAGCUCUGCUAGGGUUGUGGAAACAGUCCUACGCUCGGGAGGCUGGUCUUUCUGCGGGUUCUAAGAAGGACGAGCAGUCAUCAAUAUUUGAUGUGGCUCGAACCCGGGACGCAUCUACCACUAUACGAGACGUUGAGCCGUUGGAUCGUGAGAGGUUGAUCAAGACUUGGAAGUGGGUGAAUGAGACUAUUAAGGGAUGA